CAAUGUGGAAAUAAUGGGACGAUAUACACUUACACUAAGACUGUCCAGCCAUGAAGAUCAUCUUUGUACUCGCAGCCAUUCAGCUCUUACAGAUUAAGGGUGCCUUUGGACAGGCUACAGCUACGGCCGAUGUCAGCUGCCAAAAGGACGUGGAUGGCCAUCGAUCAAUUCACAUUCAACUGAACAAAGAAUCUGUUAAUAUUGCGGAAGCAUAUGCCUUCAACAAAAAAACGAGUUGUCCAUUCACCCUUGAUGCUAAUGGAGGUGCUACGAUUGACAUUGAUCUGGCACAGGGUCAUCUCUCUCAACAAUAUGAAGAUUGUGGUAUUGUCGAGGAUGCGACGGUUGGAGUGUCGAAUAUAUUCAAGUUUAGUGUCAUUUCGACCACUGUGCUGGCACCUAUUAUUGUUGCACCGACUACAGGAGUUGAGGUUUACGUCUAUGCAAUAGUCUGCGACUUUAAUGGUGUUAGUAAUACAGCUACGGUUAAUGGCAUAACUAUAGAAGAUAGCGCCCUCGCUGCUGGAACAGUUACCGUUGCCAACCCAAAUCCGACUCUACAGUUGCUCGAUGCAAGUAACAACGCUGUUACAAAAGCGGCUGGUGAGACGCUUGAUAUGGCCGCGAUUCCUUCUAUACAAAUUCAAGUGACCAUAGAUACGAGCCAAGCUGUAGGCGGUAUGAGGGUUGUAAAGUGCACAGCUUAUGCAGGAGCCGAUACGACAGGCCAAUCAUUGAGACUUUCUGAUAGAGAAGGAUGUGGUACGGAUCAGUACGCCAAUGCAAUAGGUAUUCCUGAGAAAGAUACUGGCCCUGUGUUUCCAGGCUCUGGCUACAGUGAUGCAGUUUCUGGCAAAUAUUCUGGCAACUCCAUUGCCUUCCCCGCCUUUAAAUUCCUCAACUCGAAUUCGGUGACCUUUGAAUGUGUUGUUAUCAUGUGUACAACUUCGGAAAUAACAGGAUCGAGGACUGGUAACUGUGAGGACCCAGCCUGCAGCACUGUUAAACGUAAGAGACGUCAGGCUGUGGAAACAGACUCCAGUGAAAUAAAAAAAAUCGCAUAUGCGACCUUCAACUUCGAUCUUGGUGGCUCUAAACGAGGACAAGG